CCCCCUACUUCAUGCAGAGUUUGAGAAAAUGUCUUCAGAAAUGACAGGAAGUGUAGUAGGGAGUGAGGUGGAGCCCUUGGACUAUGGGAGUAUGGACACAGAGAGUAGUCCAUCUCCAUCUAGUUCGGAGAGAACAGUAGAAAGGGUGAGAGGAGAUGAGGUGGUGGAGGUUAGGGGGAACGAGGUGGUAGGGGUUGAGGGGGAUAACAUACCCAUCACUGUGGUAGAAGUAGAAGGUAAUGGGGAGAGAGGUUAUGAUGGGAGUGCAGAGAUAGUGGAAGAGGUAAAGCAGUACCGAUCUGAACUAAGGACCAGGGAUGACCUGUGCCACUUAGUAGAAACGUACGAGAUCUCUUCUCGGGUGUUAGUUAGGCCAGCUGGGGUAGAGGAGAAGGCAUGUUCUGCUCCUCGGGAUCAUUGGAUGCCCGUAUACUCCCAUUAUUUGUAUGCUAGGCUUAAGUUUCCAAUUCCCGAGUUGUUAAUAGGUUUACUGUUAGAUUACAACAUAGGGUUAACACAGUUGGUCCCCAACGCAAUGAGGGGAGGGAGUAGGAGGGAUAAAGGGUGGUAUUAUUUCACCCCUAGGGUAGAUAAGAAGGAGAGUAGGAUUUUAUUUACUGCGGGUCCUUCAUCCAUUAAGGGAUGGAAGGAAAAAUUCUUUUUUGUUGAUGAUACGGAGUGGGGGAAAGGGGAUGCCGAGGAAGAAGUGAAGAAGUUGGUGAGGAAGAGGGAGGAUGAAUUGAAUAUCAUGGACCUCACCAGCGCAGCAUGCAUAGAGGCUGCUGAGCUCUAUGGGCCAAGCGCUUUGAGUGAAGUUUUUGAACACUGCCGGAGGAAAGGCCAUCCCAAGAAGCCAAGGAAGAAGUCAAGGACUUCAACCAGGCAAGUGGAUGAGGGGAGAGCUGGGAAGGAGGUAGUAGCUACUGCUUCAGCUGAGACGGGGGAAGAUGUGCCACAACUGAAGAAGAAGGGUUGGGAAGAGAGGAGGGCACUAGAGAAGAAGAAGAAGGUGGUGGAGGAAAAGGGGAGUGGGGUGCCUGAGUUCGUACCUCAGCCUCCUCCUGUUGAGCUGAACCCUGAGCUCAGACGGUUGGAGAAGGGGGCUGAGGUACGAGCUCCUGGUAAGGGAAAGGGCCCUGUUACCCCGGCGGUGCCUCAGAGCAGCCUGUUCGAGGCGAAGAACAUGAUGGGGGCUAGGUGGUUUAUCAACAACACCUUCCCCGAAGUAGACAAACGCCACGCGCGAGAGGAGGCUCUGAGGUACGGAGGAGCUUUUGUGGUGAAGCACGUCCUUGAGAGCGCGAGCUGGGUGAAUGGUCUAGCCCAGGAGUUCAGGGAGGGUGUAAAGGCGCGCGCACUCUUGCAGACAGAAUUUCUGGAAUUUGCACUUCAACUCGGCCACCAAGGCUACAUACUUUACCAUCACAGGAUCAACAACUUCACAGAUUGAGUUAAUUUGGUUUACCACCAACUGGGAGUCACUGUAGACUUGAAUUGUUCUGAUUUUCAACUCCAAUGCUAGUUGUAAACCAAGUAGUAGGGCUUCAUAUUCAACCAUGUUAUUUGUUGCAUCGAAAUUGAACUUCAG